GAAUCUCCCAACAAAGAUACAUAAGCAGUGACAAAAGCCGUCCACGUUGCUCUCUCCGCUAGGUUGAUGGAUGGAUGUCAAAUUCAUCCAACUUUUUCGUAGAAGAAGCGCUGAUGAGGAGGACCCAUCUUCUGAAGACCUUUCGAGAUUAUCGUACUGAAGACCAAGACUUUCGGUGGAUUUUUACUCCUGAGCUUCAUAGAAGAACCAAUCAUUCACGUUCUCUUGGAAGUUGAAAUCCUUGGAGUUUGUCUCUAUUUAAGGACGGAAGGGCGGCCUGUAAUUUGGGUUGUUCUCUUCGUAAGAGGCAGAGACAGCAAUGGGCGGAUUCUCACGGACGAAUGGCUUGGGAAGUGAGAGAGCUCCUCUCCUGGACACACAAGGGCGAAGGAGCAAUAAUGCCUCAGAAGCUGGUCAACUAACGGACCUUGAGCAUGGAGAUGCAGUACCGGCUGCAAAUGUGGGUUUUUGCAGAGUGCUAUCACUUGCAAAACCUGAUGCAGGCAAAUUGAUUAUUGCUACCAUUGCUCUGUUGAUAGCAUCCACUUCAAGUUUACUGAUUCCAAAAUUUGGUGGGAAAAUUAUUGACAUUGUGUCAAGGGAUAUCCAAACACCAGAGCAAAAGGCUGAAGCAUUAGAUGCGGUCAAGAGCACCAUAAUUGGCAUUUUUUUGAUUGUCAUAAUUGGCUCAGUUUCCACAGCACUUCGGGCAUGGUUAUUUUCUUCUGCUAGUGAAAGAGUUGUUGCUCGGUUGAGAAAGAACUUGUUCAAUCAUCUCAUCCACCAAGAAAUAGCAUUUUUUGAUGUUACCCGCACAGGGGAACUGUUAAGUAGGCUAUCUGAAGACACGCAGAUUAUAAAAAAUGCAGCGACUACCAACCUCUCCGAGGCUUUAAAGAAUGUUUCUACCAUGUUUAUUGGUCUUGGUUUCAUGUUUUCUACAUCAUGGAAGUUGACAUUGUUGGCUUUGGUUGUUGUCCCGGCCAUUUCCAUUGCUGUCCGCAAAUUUGGGCGUUUUCUUCGUGACCUUUCUCACAAGACACAAGCUGCAGCUGCUGUUGCUUCCUCAAUUGCUGAGGAAACUUUUGGUGGCAUACGCACAAUAAGAUCUUUUGCUCAGGAGGGGUAUGAGAUUUCCCGCUAUUCUGAGAAAGUUGACGAGACACUAAAGCUCGGGCUUAAACAGGCUAAAGUAGUUGGAUUGUUCUUUGGAGGUCUAAAUGCAGCAUCAACACUGUCAGUUAUCACAGUGGUGAUCUAUGGAGCUAAUCUGACAAUCACAGGAUCUAUGACUCCAGGAUCUCUAACAUCAUUCAUUCUUUAUAGUCUUACUGUUGGAUCAUCUGUAUCUGGAUUAUCUGGACUAUAUACGGUAGCAAUGAAAGCUGCUGGAGCUAGUAGGCGGGUUUUCCAGCUUCUGGAUCGUGUCCCAUCUAUGCCUAAAUCAGGAAAUGAAUGUCCUUUGGGUGAUCAAGAUGCAGAACUGGUAUUAGAUGAUAUCUGGUUUGCCUAUCCUUCCCGUCCGAGCAAUAUGGUGCUCAAAGGAAUAUCAUUGAAACUGGAGCCUGGAUCAAAGGUUGCCCUGGUUGGUCCAAGUGGUGGUGGAAAGACCACAAUAGCUAACCUCAUUGAAAGGUUCUAUGAUCCCAUCAAGGGAAAGAUAUUGCUAAAUGGGGUCCCUUUAGUAGCUAUAUCUCAUGAACAUCUUCAUAGAAAGAUUAGCAUAGUGAGCCAGGAGCCUGUUCUUUUCAACUGUUCCAUAGAGGAGAACAUUGCCUACGGGUUGGAUGGCAAAGCCAGUAGUGAUGAUGUAGAAAAUGCAGCGAAAAUGGCUAAUGCUCAUGAAUUCAUUUCUAAAUUCCCGGACAAAUACCAAACCCAUGUGGGAGAGCGUGGGGUAAGGCUUUCAGGAGGUCAGAAGCAGAGAAUCGCAAUAGCAAGAGCUCUCCUGAUGAACCCAAAAAUCCUUCUGUUAGAUGAAGCCACAAGUGCUUUGGAUGCUGAAAGCGAAUACCUAGUCCAGGAUGCCAUGGAUUCUCUUAUGAAGGGCAGGACUGUCCUAGUCAUAGCUCACAGACUCUCAACUGUCAAAAGUGCAAACGUUGUAGCAGUUGUUUCUGAUGGUCAGGUAGUUGAAUGUGGAACUCAUGAGGAGCUCCUCAGCAAGGAUGGCACCUACGCUGCUUUAGUGAGGAGACAAUUACAAGGGCCGAGAAAUGAAACCUAGAGUCGCAUGGUGAACUGGUAGAAAACAUCAGAUCUGGUGUGAAAUUUCUACCAGCAGUUCAUGGACGUAAGAAUUCUACUCUGAUUAGUGACUCACACAAAUCCCAUUUAUCUCGUGCUUAUGUAUGCUGAAAAUUGUUUAUAUGCUUGGCCGGUAUUUGCUCUUUCGACCAAGUCUACAAUAUUAGAAAAAUGUUUAUGUUCUGGGCAAUCAUUCUGUUAGACCUCAGUUCUUGACAUUAAUUGACUAUUGGAUAGACUAUAGGGCAUAUUAGAAAGCUUCUGCAUCUUUUUUUUGGGUUGUAUUUUAUGUUACUAUUUGCCAAAAAUGAUGUGUGAGGGGGCAAAGAUCAAAUCCAUAAACAUGAAUGGGAAAAACACGUCAUUUUCAUACUUGGGCAAAUAUAUACAUGCACGUCUUAAUCUGCAACAUACCGUGUCCGGUAUUGCCACCAAACCCCGAAGAUGUAUGAGAUUGCUUUUGUGACUGGAAGAUUACAGGUUCAAAUAAUGGAAAUAGUCUACUAGUGAAAUGAGAAUGAGAUUGUAUACAAAAAUAACCCUUCAAAAAGUGGGAGCUUUAUGCCCCAGGGGCACAUUUAGACAUAAAAAGGCUUGGAAGUUGUAUAACGUUAUACAAGAGUCGUUCUAGUAAUUAUCAUUUCAACAUUCUAACCCAACUCUAUGCUAGAAGCCUGCACCCUCCAGUAAGUAGUAUGAAAGGGAGGUGAAUAGUUUCAAUCUAUCACCUGUCUCGAUUUUCAACUGCACGUAAGAAGUAUGUCCAAAUGCAGGAUAACCAUCCAGAAUCCUCAACCAAGCCCAUUGUUACCAUAACGUACAUUGGUCUUUACUCUUUAAUCCUCCAUCUUUCAGCAUUGAAACUGCUAAGCAGUGACCAAUUUGGACUUGGCAUCAUUGGCUUGUGAAGAACUCGAAAAUUAUGCAACAGAAAUUGAUUCUAGUAUACAGCUCCGCAUGGCUCCUAUCAGAACUUGCACCUGGUGCUGCAACACAUUACGGCAAAGUAAUUCUAAAACAUACAAGAAACUGGGGGAAACUGAACAAGAGAAAGAAACACAAAACAAGUUGAGACAUCACCAUCCAAAAUCAAACCCUGCAGCCUUGGAGUAACAAUAAGAACCCAAGGAAUCAGAGAACGGAAAUGCAUCACAUAUGUACAUAUAUUGGCGAUAAUUGAGUGACAAGAAGCUGUCCUUUUAGGGGUCUGAGCUGAACCAUUACCAUAUUGGCCUACCAAGCUGAUAUGUUUUGAUCAAUAGAAAUAUAUACCAAUCAUGUUUGGACUUGAAUUGAGCCCAAAAGCAGUCCUCAGAGGAAUUACAUCAGAUAUAAUGGGCACCAAAUCACACAGGUCUUAGAGGAAUUACAUAAUCCAAAACAUUUAUAAGCAUGAGGUAAGAACUAUCAGGCGUGCCCCCCCCCCCCC